AUGGCGGGUAACAAUCCAGUCUUUGCUGUCACCGUCUUCUUCAUUUGCUUUCGAGAAUGUCUCGAGACAACCGUCGUUGUCUCAGUUCUGCUCGCCUUCUUGAAGCAAACAUUGGGAGGUGAAGAAGAUAAAACCACUUACAAAAGGCUUGUCAAACAAGUCUGGCUAGGAUGUGGUAUAGGUCUACUCAUCUGUCUCGCUGUGGGUUGCGGUAUGAUUGGUGCUUUCUAUGGCCUCGGAACCAAUAGCUUUUCACAGACGGAAGACAUCUGGGAAGGCGUGCUCGGAAUUCUUGCCUCUGUGAUUAUCACUAUCAUGGGCGCGGCGUUGCUUCGCGUUUCUAAGCUGCAGGACAAAUGGCGCGUCAAGCUUGCAAAGGCUCUUGCACCUGAAAGCGAUGAGCCUAAUCUAACGCGCAAGGGUCGUUUCAAGCGCUGGCUAGAGAAAUACGCCAUGUUCACACUUCCUUUUAUCACCGUCUUGCGCGAGGGCCUGGAAGCCGUUGUCUACGUUGGUGGUGUUGGCCUUGCGCUUCCAGCAUCUUCUUUCCCGCUGGCUGUGUUCUGCGGUCUGGCAGCCGGUGCUUUUAUCGGUUAUCUGAUCUAUAGGGGUGGACGAGAGACAUCCAUGCAGAUCUUCCUUAUCAUCUCAACUUGUUUUCUUUACCUUGUCGCCGGUGGUCUAUUCUCGCGCGGAAUUUGGUUCUUCCAAAAUAACACAUGGAACAAGCUGGUUGGUGGUGAUACCUCCGAGACCGGUUCCGGGGCAGGAUCCUACGACAUCCGACAGAGCGUCUGGCAUGUCAAUUGCUGCAAUCCCCAACUGGGCGGUGGUGGUGGAUGGGGUAUCUUCAAUGCGCUGCUGGGUUGGACCAACUCGGCUACUCUUGGAUCGGUGAUCGGAUACAACCUAUACUGGAUUUGCGUGAUGGUCGCUUAUGCCUGCAUGAUGUAUCGCGAGCGUCGGGGUCAUCUACCAUACAUUGACCCUGCUAUGCAAAAGAUAGCAGGCGCCAAAGCUCGAGGCAAAGCAUUCGUCCUCCGACGACCUUACGAGCCUUACACGGACGACGUUGAACCUGCCGUAGCCAGUGGGGCUGUUUCUAGCAGCAUCUUGGCUCGAGAGAAGAAUGCGGAUGCAGAGGUUUCCACCACUGCAAAGCAAGUCGAGGCUUGA